GCCCUGUGUAGCGUACAACCAAUAUUUAUAUACACUAUGCAUAGAUAUAUGGUCGGUCCAUGAUCAGUGUCCCAGAAGCUGGCCGGCAAAGGGCAUUCAUUGCAUGUUGAAUCCUGCUCCGCAGUUUUCGCGGUGGCUGGGCCAGUGCCAGAGUGGGGAUGAAGGCUGCCAUGGGCCCGGGUUCGGGCUGCGCCUCCGUCAUCCGGGUCCAGUCCCUCCUUCAAGUGCACUGCACGACAGGCGGGCACCCUGGUCGGUGACCCACCUUCCUUCGGGGGGGUUUUGACUUGCGACAAGACAAGAUUCAGACGAAGACGCCGCCGCUCUCAAACCACAACGUCUUGCACCGACAACCUUGACCAUCGCCAACCUCCCUCUUACUUCCAUUCGACAAGCCGAACUGAUAGCUGUUUUCCAGCGUCUUACCCACCCUUCAGAAUAUCGGCUACUGUUGUGUUUCUGACUUGACCUGUUCCAUCCGACUUCCAACAGUCUGUACUGUCGUCAACUGGAAGCACUUCGGUUUGCUCUAUCACGAGGCUGUCGCACAUUGGCCUGAUUCCAACCCUACCCUACCCAGGGCUACGUACCUGCCGACUGUCAUCCCAACUUCGAAACCCGCCUAGCAGAACCUAAGCCUAGGCGCACCGAGUCUCAAGAAGCUUAUUUCGACGACCGUUGUUCCAUCGAGGAACCAACCAACCCCCUCUCAGCGCCACACCGCGGUGUCGCCAGCUGAAACAAACAACCCGCCAAACUUGACAACCAGGACAUAUCAACACGCCCCGACUCGUCAUCACAGAUUGGCAACAAUGGGCUGGCAAGCUUGGGAGCUCGACCCGGAGAAGAUCCCUCUCUUCAAAUUGAUCUUCCACGUUGCCCAGAUCGUUCUGGCAUUUGUAGUGUGGUGUUUGGAGAUUGCCGUUUUCAAAGCUGAUGAUGUGCCCAUCAACGGCCAAAAUGGCUGGACCUUCGCAGUGUUCUUCAUUUCGAUACCGGCCUGGAUCUACCUAGGCAUGGCCCCGCGAUUUCCUCGGACACGCAAGCUCGCGCAGCCGCAUGCCAUGGUCGCCGUUGACGCCACAUUCGCCAUCAUUUGGCUUUCUGCCUUUUCCACCCAGGCUGCAUUCAACACUGCUGGAUCUUGCAUGUCUGUAUGCGGCAUUAGCAAGGCCAUCGUCGGUCUCGGCUUCUUUGUUUUCCUCUUCUUCUGUGUCACCACGUUCCUGAGCAUCUACACCCUCAUGUACUACAAGUGGAACAACCGCCUCCCCGGUUAUGAAAACCUGCACGCCCGCACCCAGAACAUCGACCCCGACAAGGCUGCCUUUUCGCUCGCCCCGCACGACGAAGAAGCCUACGCGCCCGUCAACAUGAACGACCGGGACGACGAGCACAGCCAGAUUGGCGGCGGCAUCGGCGGCCACUCCGACUACGACGACACCAACACGCACCUCGGCGGCCAGGUUGGCGGCGGUGGACGCUCCGACUACUCAGACCCCUACGGCGCCCCGACGGCUAGCAGCCUCUCGGUCGACCCGUACCGUGGCCACACGCCCCUGAGCAACAUGACCCCCGAUCCGUACCGCGGCCAUACCCCUCUGAGCAUGAAUACGGCCCGCACGCCCGACCCAUACCGCGGCGCCACGCCCUCGACCGAUUUAUCUGCUGAUCCAUACAACCGCGGCGUGACGCCGAGCUACCUGGGAAGCCAAACCAGUCGGUACGGCGCUAGCUCGGUGGCGCCGUCCGAGAACCCGUUCAGACAGGAUAACCCGUUUGACAACGAUAACGAUUAUCAAUCCUCCGUCGGCGGCGGCAGCAGGUACGCGCCGCCUAGUGUGCAUGAUGGGGACUACGAGGAUGAGCCAUCGGCAAGGUUUCCCACUGCGCCCUACGGCCGAGUAGGAAUCGAACGGGGGAAUGUGUAAGAAUGGGAUUAAAAAAAACAGAAGGGUCGAGAAUUCAAGUCAAGGGAUAUGGAUGAGCUGGACUGAUCGACUUUGGAUCUGGAAGCGGAUGCAAUACCGGGUAGCUAUACGCUGCAGCAUGCUUAGGUCAUGUACAAAGUGUCUUGGCUACCUGCUUUCUUUUUUUUUGUUAUUGGGGGCUGGCUGGCACUAGACGAAACAUUUUGGGCUUUUUCUUGUGUAUGUAUGUGUGUAGGCUUUGUUUUAUGGGGUGUCGUUGGCGAGGCGUCACAGGUCCUUGUUGGUUUAUCAUGCAUAGAAACGAGAGAGAUAUCUUCGUGCAUCAACAAUGAAUCACAAAGCUCUCAUAUCGGCUUCAUGGAAUGCUUUGUAUCUGUGUCAUUCUUAUUAAACUCUCCCAUAUUUGUGGAGAUCUACGUAGAACAUGAUUCUAGGUGACAAACAAGAUAUGAUACGAUAUAUGUGGAUGGCUCAAUGGCCCUAAUUCUUUUCAUGUACUUUGAGAAACGCCUAAAACGCCC